AUGUCAUCUCCGGCUACAUCUUCAUUUGAAGUUAUUUUCCACAACGGGCUGAGAAAAAUUAAACCUUAUUACGAUUCUCGAAAAACAUUUGUUAAAGGUAGAUGGUUUGGCAAAACCUUGCUGCAAAUAUUAACUGAUGAAUUUAAAUAUAAUACAAAAGAACAACAUUUAGAAAGUAUCAAAAAAGGAAAUUUCACAUUACUUAGGCCCAAAAAUAAGGAUUAUAUUACUAAAACAACUAAUUAUAAAAGCAGUGGUAUAGAAAAUGACCCUAGUUACGAAAAAUUAGGUUUCGAACAAUUAUUAGCUACCACAGUUGAAAAUAAAGACAUAUUAUUGAGUGUCUUACACAAACACGAGCCACCUAUUCUUCAAUGGUGUCGUGAAGAACUAACAACCAACAAUGAACAUGACCAGAAAAAGUUAAUAUGCGGAAUUGAAGUGGUUUAUGAAGAUGAGGAAAUUUUGGUAAUUAAUAAACCAAGUGGAAUUCCAAUUCAUCCAACUUCAAAUUUUUAUCAAAAUACUUUGGUACAGUUGCUUUACAAUGAAGUUGGUAUCGAAUUCUGUCCAUGCUAUAGAUUAGAUAAAAUUACUUCAGGAUUAUUAAUAUUGGGCAAAAAUGGCAAAAUAGCCAAUAAAAUUCAACAAAGAAUACGUGCUCGCAAUAUGAAUAAAAUAUACUUUGCUAGAGUCAGAGGGAGGUUCCCAGGUAAACCACUUAUAGAAAUGGCUCAUAAUAACGCUGAAAAAAAAGAGAUACAAGACGAUAUCUUUAAUAAACUAUUUAUGGAUGAAAAAACUUUUGAUAUUAUAAAAAAAACCACUCCAAUAUAUUCAAUUGAUCCCAAAAAGCAAUACCCAGCAGGGUUAGGUGUUCCGAAAAACGCAGAAACUUGGUUUCAAUUUUAUAAAUAUCUUCCCGAACAAAAUCAAUCGAUUGUAAUUUGCAAACCAUUAACUGGCAGAACCCACCAAAUCAGAAUACAUUUGUCUAGAAUAGGCCAUCCGAUAGUAGGCGAUCCAUUUUAUGACCCCGUCACAGCCACAUAUCCUAAAAGACUAAACUUUUUUUUAAAUCAUGAAGAUUGGACUAAAGAUUUAAUUUUAGAAGAGGGUAGAAAACAGAUAUUUGAAGAAUUGAUGCAAGAAUUUAAAGAUGUUCAAGAAAUAAGGGGUAAGGAAGAUAAAUACUGUGAAGAAUGUGGCGGACUCAUAAUGUGUGAUCCUCCCAAACGUGAAUUAUCGCUAUAUUUACACGCAUUUAAAUAUUAUUCUGACGACGGCUUAUAUAAUUAUCAAACAAGUCCACCAGAGUGGAUUGAUUAA